AUAAUGUUCAUACAUUUAUAAGGAGCAACCCGACUAUUGUUUAUGCCAUCUCUCAUGUGAUCAUCAUACAACUUGUUUCAAAGUGCAAAAAUGUCGCUAAUAAGUUUAACCUGGAUAUUCUGUGCGCAAAUUUUCUUGCAUUAUUCUCUUGAGAUUUCGGCUGAAGUUCCUGCACUCAUCGUGUUUGGAGACUCCUCAGUUGAUGCGGGCAACAACAACAACUUGUCAACCAUUGCGAAGAGCAAUUUCGAGCCCUAUGGCCGAGAUUUCCAGGGCGGUCGGCCGACCGGGAGGUUUUCUAACGGCCGGAUUCCGACGGACUUCAUCUCUGAGACUUUUGGGCUGAAGCCAGUGGUGCCCGCUUAUCUUGAUUCUGCUUACAGUAUCAAGGAUUUUGCUACUGGCGUUUGCUUCGCUUCUGCUGGCAGUGGUUAUGACAAUGCUACCUCGAAUGUGCUCUCAGUCAUACCUUUGUGGAAACAACUUGAAUACUUCAAAGAGUACCAAGCCAAACUAAGAGCCUAUCUUGGAAAAUCAAAGGCCAACACAGUACUACACGAAGCGCUCUACGUUAUGAGCCUAGGCACCAACGACUUCCUUGAAAAUUACUACACAAUCCCAGGCCGAUCAUCACAAUUCACCAUUGAAGAGUAUCAAAACUUCCUCGUUGGCAUCUCUGAACAUUUCAUCAGAAGCCUUUACAUUCUCGGCGCUAGAAAACUAGACCUAACAGGUGUACCUCCGAUGGGAUGUUUACCGUUGGAACGAGCAACGAAUAUAAUGGCUGGGAGCAGUUGCAGGGAAGAGUACAACAGGAUUUCAAGAGAUUUCAAUGGAAAAUUGCAGGUGUUGAUUGAGAAGCUUAAUAGAACAUUGCCGCGGAUGAGAAUAGCGUAUGGAAAUGCAUAUGAAACUGUUCUUCAAGUUGUCCAAAGGCCACUUUCGUACGGAUUUGAGAACGCAGGGGCGGGAUGUUGUGCUACCGGAAUGUUCGAGAUGGGAUAUAUGUGCAACCAGAGGAACCCCUUCACUUGCACUGAUGCCACAAAGUAUGUGUUUUGGGAUGCAUUUCAUCCAACUGAGAAGAUGAAUAAGAUCAUAGCUGAUCACAUUGUGAAUAACAACCUGAUGGUAUUUUAGCUGAG